AUGCAGCGAUUAGGUCAAGCGCGGGUGCAGGCCGUGCGCCCGUCGUCGGGACGCAGUGGCGGCCGCCGCAGCAGCUCUAGCAGCGGCGUCGCUGCUGCCACGCGCGCAGGAGCGCCAGCCGGGGCCUCGUCGCCGCCCGGGGAGGGAACUGCAGCGGCGGCGGGCAGCGCCCAGCAGCAGCAUCCUUCCCCAGCCUCACGCCAGCCCCGCAGCAGCGCAGCUGUCCGGGACGCCACCUCGUCCCUGCCUUGGGGUGGCGCCAGGGGCAGCGGCGGCGGCAGCGCCUUUGGCGGCCAGGGCUCCAGGCCGCCGGCGAUCCAGCGGGUUGCUGCGCCUCCCAAGGGUAAAAAGGCGGCGGAGGCGCCGGCCGGCGGGCUGCCUGUCAACGAGUGGCAGCUGGCCCUGAGGAAGCAGCGGCGGGAGGCGGCGCGCGCAGCGCAGGCGGCGGCAAAAGCGGCAGCAGAGGCAGCAGCGGCGGCGGCUGCGGCGGCGAAGGAGGCGCAGCUGCGCCAGCAGCGCGAGCAGCAGCGACGACACGCGGAAGAAGAUGGCGCGAAGGUAGGGCACGGAGUCGUGGCGGCACGCGGCGCCCUCCGCCUGGCGCGCGCCAACACCCGGCCCGCGCCCUCGGCUGCUGCAGCGGGGGACAGUACGGCAGGCGCUGCGCAGGCGGCCAUCGUGCGCUCCACCAAAGAGCGCCGGGCCCGCCGCCUGCGCCCGCCCGCGCCGCCCCGUGCAGAGGGCGGCCUCUUCGCGCCGCCCCCACCCCCGCCGCGGCCGGCGGCCGCCGAGGCGCCGGGCGGAGCCGGCCCCGGGCAGCCGCUGCCGCAGCGCAGCCCUGAGGACGCCCAGGCGGUGGCCGGGGCGCCGCCGCUGGCGGUGCAGCCGUUGGAGCUGCCUAGUGAUGAG